CUUUUGUCUUUAAAAGCAAAUCAAAAACCACACCAAAACCCUUUCAAAGCUGAGAGACGCCAUUGGAAGAGGGAAAAGAAAACGAAACCCAAAGAAAGGACAUAAUGAGCGGUUCUUUGCGUAGGUUCGCUGCCAUCACCCGCCUGUCACAGAAGCAACCGUUCGCCGACUUGGCUGACCCGAUCAACAGAAUCCACCCGUUUCUAAAGAACCGAACCAAGACCCAAGCCAGGGAGUAUGUUCGGUUCCCAAAUGUUGUACGGAAAGUAAGAGAAUAUGAGAUCUCCCCCUCCCUUUUCAGUUCUUCGUUCUCUUCUUCCUCUUCGUCUUCAACGGCGUCGUUUGGGAAGCUGGGUUUUGUUGGGUGGUAUUUAGGAAUGGUGAAGUCGUGGCCCGUUUUAACCAAGAGCGUUACUUCAUCGGCUAUUUAUGUAGCUGCUGAUUUGUCUUCUCAGACGAUUUCGAAGUCAUCUUCUGAACCUUACGAUUUGGUGAGGACUUCGCGUAUGGCGGGAUACGGGUUGUUAAUAUUAGGACCAUCACUGCAUCUUUGGUUCAACUUGAUGUCGAAACUCUUUCCUAAGAGAGAUUUGAUCAGUACUUUGAAGAAAAUGGCCAUGGGGCAACUACUUUACGGACCUACCAUGACUGUUGUUUUCUUCUCCUUGAACGCUCGUCUACAAGGUGAAAGUGGUGAUGAAAUUGUUUCCAGAUUAAAGCGUGACUUACUUCCUACGAUGUUAAAUGGUAUAAUGUACUGGCCCUUUUGCGACUUCAUCACUUUCAGGUUCGUCCCAGUUCAUUUGCAGCCGUUGGUGAGCAAUUCGUUCUCAUAUUUAUGGACUGUCUAUAUGACAUACAUGGCAAGUCUAGAGAAACCGGUGUCAAUUACCUGCUGAAUGAUUUGUUACCGUCGAUUUCCCGUGUUCAAGAUCCUGGCUUUUCCACGGUGAACUGAGGAUUGAAUAAAAAAACUCUGCAUUCGGUGGAAUCCGGUCCCGAUAUUUGUAGUGCAAGCAGGCUUAGGGAAGCAUCAUGUUAUAGUAGUGAAAAUUUGUUUCCCCUCGGUUUAAAAUUUGGUGCAAAAUCUAGUAAUAGAAAGGAUAUGAAGCAUUUUGUAAGGACUCAUUUGUUGUUAUAAACUUUGGAGAGUAUUAUUCUACGAAAAUUCUUUUUCA